UGCCACACUGGCUGGGACCCACAACACAAGUGGAGCCUGUACAGGAAGCCCCCCUGAGACUAUUCUCACGUCCAUUUGUACCUAUUUCAGCAUAUUUUUGCGUGUUUUAUGUAUCUCCUCCGCGUGUUUUGGCGCCAGGGUUUCACUGACAUUGUGAGUGUCAUGUAUUGAGUAACUUGACUUGCUUAAGAACUUAGGUGGUACGACCCCAGUGACUCGAGGCUGGACCUCUAAGACGACAGACAAGUGAAGGUUCCAACACCACGUCAGGCAGAGAAGAAACCAAUGUCCGGUGUCAACAUGGGAUCUGAACACCCCUAAGAGACGCUCUACUCCUCUUCUUACAUACAACAAAGAUGUACACACUGACGGCCUGGGGUCGUCUCGGUGUGGUGGUCGCUGGUGCGGUGGUGGUGGCGCUGACGCUGGUGCUGGUGGUGUGUGUGGUGGCCAGGGGUUGCUGGCUUAAUACUAUAUUUCUUGAUGACGAGGAGCGGCGGCGGCGCGAGAAGGAGCGUCAGAGUAUAUACGCCGGGGAGGCGCCCACUCUACGCCUGACAACGUACGCCAAGAGUCCCUCUGACCCCACUCCAGACCUCGCCCUGACGCCGGGGCAGACGCCCACGCACACAAAGUACACGUACAUCAGUCCUGUUCAUGGUACCUCGGAGACAAACUCCCUACUGGGGGCCCUGUCCUCCAAGAGAGACUCCACCUACUCCUCCAUGUCAGAGUACUCAGGCAGAACCUCCCCCACCAACUCCUGCAGGAGCAGCGUGGGCGACAGUGUGGGCAGCGGGGUAGGCAGCCCCAUGGGAGGUGAAGCCCAGGGGCACCUUUCCUUCGGUGUGCAGUACGUUGUGACCAGCCCAGACGCUAACACCGGCAAGCUUGUUAUCACCGUGCUGGAAGCUCGGGGCCUGGCGGGGCGGGAGUAUCUGGGCAACGCUUGUGACCCCUACGUGAAGGUGGUGGUGUGGCGUGAGCGGAGGUCCUUGAGGAAGAACAAGUCUCCCCCCCUCCAUGUCUUCAGAACCCGCACCGUCAGACACACGCAGGAUCCCACCUUCAACCAGUCCUUCGUCAUUGAAGCCUCCAAAAGCGACCUCAAGGAGUUGGUGGUGAAGCUGGUGGCCAUGGAUUCGGAUAAGUGGGCAAGUCCAAGUACAGUGGGGGAGGUAACACAGCCACUGAGAGACAUCAAGAACCUGGCCAGCCUACAGGAGCGGACUACCCUCAACUACUUUCUUGCUCCACCUAAACUGGACCUCGGGGAGGUGCUCUUCGGCCUGAGUUACUUGCCCACGGCGCAGAGGCUCUCCGUGUCCGUCAUCAAGGCGCAGAACCUCAAGUAUACCAACGUGACCGACGAUCUUAAAGACUUCUGUCCAUACAUCCGGGUGCUGCUGAUCAGUGGGUCUGGACGGGUCCUGAAGAAGAAAAAGACCACCUGGCGGUCCAACACCGUCUCUCCCAUCUGGAACGAGACCCUUAUCUUCGACCUGACUCAACCCCAGGUUGAGCACGUGACCUUCCUGCUGGUGUUGUGUACACGGUCACCACAGUACCCAGUUACCCCCACUAGCUCUGAUGCCUCCAACCACUCCGCCAACGCCCUUCCCGACACCCACGAUGUCCUGGUACCCCCGGACAUCGCCAACUCACCCAUCCACGACCAGAACCAAAAUAAGAAGGAGGACAGAUACGUGGGCAAGUUGGCGCUGGGUUGCAAUGUCCGGGGUGAGGAACAACGUCAACACUGGAUGGCCAUCAUGGCUUCUCCCAGGAAGGUCGUCUCCCAGUGGCACGCCCUCAAAUAGACAACAUCGUCUUGUAACUUAGAAAAUAUAAUCUCCCAUUCAAGAAAUAGUGAGAGAUGUGCAAUGUGAUGUAAAAGUAUAGAGAUGUGAAGUAAUAGAGUUUAAUCUAGUCGACCAAAGGUUAAAUCGGUGCUUUAAGAUGUAAAUGAAUAAACUAAGCUGGAGAAAAUAGACUCGCCAAUAUGGACACGCUAUUAAAUGAAGCAAGACGAAAUUUUUAAAUUAAAAAGUGAAGAAACCAUAAAAUUGGUAAAUUAAAACAGAAAGUGCCAUUUGAGACACUUUGCUAAUUAGGGGAAUUAGGCCAUAAUUUUCUCCUAUUUAGUAAUGAGCAGCUCAAACAUUUACAUUUGUAAGUGUGUGUAAAAUUGCGUACGAUAAUCGGGUGUGUUAGAAGGGCAAGGUUGGUGCAGCUGACCUGCUUUCCUCACCCCUCACACAGGGCCAGGAGCUAUGUCUCGUCCCCUGCAACCACAUAUAGGUGAGUACAGGUUGCUCACUCUUGUAGCACCUUUGUCAUAAAAACUGUUGUGGAAGCAUACAUAAAGGUUUUGGUGUUGGGCGGAGCUGGAAACAUUUAUUUUGAGUACGUACAGUAAUUAAAUGUGAAAUGUCACUAGUUGAUGUUUAGAAAUUAGUACAUAAUACAUUUUUUCCAUGUGUAUGUGUUAUAUAGAUAAUUUUACACUCACACACAGACACACACACACACAGGAAUGUUAGGAAAUAUUUCUUCAGAGUUGUCAGGAGAUGGAAUAGGCUGGGAAGUGAUGUAGUGGAGGCAGGAUCCAUACAUAGCUUUAGGAAAAGGUAUCAUAAAGCUCAUGGAGCGGGAAGAGUGACCUAGUAGCGGCCAGCGAAGAGGCGGGGCCAGGAGCUGAGUUUCGACCCCUGCAACCACAACUGGGUGAGUACACACACACUGGGAAGUGAUGUAGUGGAGGCAGGAUCCACACAGCUUUAGGAAGAGGUAUGAUAAACCACAUGGAGUGGGAAGAGGCGGGGCCAGGAGCUGAGUCUCGACCCCUGCAACCACAAUUAAGUGAGUACACACAGUCUGUAUGUCUCUCAGAAGUACAGGAAGAGAGGAGACUACAGGAGAUACUUGUAAACAGUGUAGCGGGAAAGGUGAAAAAAGAUCUAAGCCGUAAAGAGCAGGAAGACAAUGAAAAUGACAAGUUACACCCAAACGAAGAACGUUAAGAUCUGUGUUUCUUACAGACGUACAGAGGAGCGUUUAAUCUCAUGAAAUGGAGAAAAAACAGUUCAUUAUAUCAAGAGCUCCUUGCCAACAUUAAGUAACCUCUCUCGAGGGAAGAGAAGCAAAGGCAAACAGCACAAGAACAUGGAAAAACCGGAGCACAGAACAAAAAAAAAAAAUUCAAGUCAAUCUGGAAACAUGACAAUUGUCAGAACAACGGAAAACAUCAAAUGUUGGUACAAUAUUCAAGCAAGGAAAGUAAGAAGCAUUGAACUGCAAUCAUAGAUCCUGUCAUGUAUGACAUACAAGGUCAUGGAGAAGAUAAUCACACGUCGUUAGUCUCACUUUAGCAGUUCGAAGACUACUUGGAAAUGCUACAAGUUUCGCAGAGGACAUAGAAAUGCUGCAAAAUGACAGGAAAAACUGCAUUGAUAGACACCGAACUAAUGUAAUUCGGUCCCAGAGAGUGCAAUGCUGUGAAAAUUAACCUCUUCAAGUUGUUGAGGUGAAGAGGCUUUUGGUCUGAGGAUUUGGACCUUUUGGUCUUCUUCCUCAGACCGAACCUAAUUACCCCCUAAUCCUCCCUUCUCUAUCCCAUCUUCCCCAUUCCCCUUUUUUCCCACCUCCCAACCCUCCCCUUUUCCUCGUCCCGUUUGUAGCCUCUUGGGUCCUCCCCUCUGGCAUUACAGUUUCUAAGUAGGGGGAAGUGUGCCGGAGUUCAUCACACUCCGUGAGGUUCCUCGGGUGUGGUUAGUAUGCAGUGGAAUCUUGAUUAUCUGGGGGCGCCCUGCUCCCUUUCUGGAUUUCUGGGAAGUGGGCGGGGUGUCCUGCAGAUGACGAGUGUAUCUCCAGAGGCUGCCUUAGGAGGUAUGCUUGGUGGCAGAUUUCCGACUGCCCUCUUAUCUGCCGAGGUGGCUUUGUAGACGUGAAGUUGCUAUCAGCGCUGGUUUACUGGUGUGAAGGGUAGGGUAUGGUGCAGGUUCCACGCUGCAUCUGCACUACUUGUGGGCUCGAGGUCCUCUCGGAUGAGGGGGGGGGGGGAACCUACAGCCCUUUCAUGCCUUCUAGUGACUGUCCCUCCCCAUUUUUUGUUUCUUUUCAUCUUUUUUUUUCUUUAAAUAAGAAAAAAGUACCACUAUCAUGGAGUCUUCAUUCUGUGAUAACCCUCCUCCUCCCAGGCCCCUUCUGAUUCCCACAUCCUGUUCUGACCCGGCUUCGUUAUUGGACCAUUCUCCAGGCUCUUCCCAUACCAUUGUACCUUCUACUGGUGAUGCUCCGUCACCUGCUCAAGGUGCUGGGGCUCCGCCUGUUUCUGAUUGUGCCUCUACCUCUUCCAUGCCUUUAACUAUGUGUCCGGCUUCCCCAAAUACAGUAUGACGGCUUUCGGAUCGCCCACCUACCUCGGGUUGAGCCGCCCGCAGUACUACCCCUAAACGUUCCAGACCAUUUGCUGACGACGGUUCUUCAACAUCUGCUUAUUCCAUUGAAAAAUGACCUACGCGACACCCACUUCACUUACGCACCAUGUUUACAAGUACACAGUGGACUAAAUUCUUUUCCCUGCAACAGACAUCUCCAACUGAUUAUAUUUCUGACCAUAGCAUUGGUAAAGCUCUUUUACGACAAGUUGGCCAAAGUAUAUCUUUCCAUGCUCUUCGAAGAGGUGCAUCGUUACAAUCCAGAAUGCAGAACAACCUCAUGCUCUUUCCCAACUUACUUCCGUUGAUAACAUUCAAAUUAGUUCAGAGAUUAUUUUCCGGUCAUCUCGGCCCGUCUUCAUGGCUGUCGGCAACAACGGUGGUCAGGCAUGCACCAUAACAGAUUGCACUCUAUUAAACCACUUUUAGGUUUGAGGCCAUCUUCUCUCCACUGUUGCCGUACUUGGGAGGCGGUGCUCUCCCAUCUCCACAUUGACCAUACUCGUCUAACCCAUAGGUGUCUCAUGGAACGACAUCCUAUUCCUCUCUGUGAGGUUUGUCGAGUCCCUGUUUCAGUUCUUCACUUUUUUGUAUAUUGCUCGGUUUACCAGCAAGCUCCUCUUCAAGGGGGGCUCCUUGGCGUGGUGAAGAGGCUCUUGGUCUGAGGAAUUAGACCUGUCGGUCUACUUCCUCAGACCGAACCUAAUUACCCCCCAAUCCCCCGUUCCCUAUCCCAUCCUCCCCAUCCUCCCCUUUUUCCUUUCCUCCUCCUCCUCCCCAUCCUCCCCUUUUUCCUUUCCUUUUUGGCCUUUUUUUUCCCACAGGCACGCUAGUUCCUAGGUAGGGGAAAGGGUACCGGGGUCCAUCCCUUUCCGUUGAGGUUCUUGGCGGUGGCGUAGUUUCCGUGGAAUCGGGAUUGCCUGGGGAUGUCCUGAUCCCUCUCCUGUAUCCCGAAGGGUGGCUUUGGGUGUCUCUCAGGCGACGGGUGUAUCUCUGGAAGCCACCUUUCGGAUUCCGGGGGUGGUGGCCGAAGGAGGUAUGCUUUGUGGUGGAUUUCCAGCCGCCCUCUCUUUUGUCCACCAAGGUAGCUCGGCAGAUGUGAGGUUGCUAUCCCGGAUUGCCGUUUACUGGCAUGAUGGGUAGGGUAUGGCAGGGGUUCCAUGCUGCAAUCUCGCUACUUGCAGUGCUGAGGUCCUCUUGGGCAUGGAGGGAGAUUUCUGGCCCUUUCAUUCCUCCUAGGAACUAUCCCUCCCUGGUCCCCCCUUUUUUUAUUCUUUUUUUUAUUUUUAUUUUCUUUCUUUUUUUUUCUUAUAAACAAAAAGAAAGAAGUAACCUAACCAUGGCAGCCCAAAGUCCAUGAACCUGCUACCCCUGGGCCCCUUCUUGAUACCGCACCCCGUUCUG